AUGAUUCCUGGAGCUAUAGAUCACACUAUCGCCAACAAGGCAUACUAUGAGCCGCCAUGGGCUGAUGUCAGUAUCAUUGGCAUCGCUGGCAGUUCUGGCUCUGGAAAGUCCAGCAUUGCCAGAACCAUUGUCAGCCAGCUGAACCUGCCAUGGGUUGUUAUUCUUUCUAUGGACUCAUUUUACAACAGUCUUGACCCAGAGUCGUCUAGGAAGGCAUUCCGAAACGAUUUUGACUUCGACUCUCCCAGCGCAAUCGACUUCGAUGCUCUGUUAAAGACGCUUAAGGAGCUGAAAGCAGGAUGCCGAUGUUUGCCUCUCGAGACGAAAGACGUCAGAGAGCGUGGACGUACUGUUGAGGGCGUCAUUAAGCAAUGGCUCAAGUUCGUGAAGCCUAACUUUGUCAAGUAUGUCGACCCACAGCGAUCUGUUGCCGAUAUUAUCGUGCCCCGCGGGAUUCAGAACAAAGUUGCCAUCAGCACGGUGGUGCAGUACAUUCAGCAGAAGCUGUUAGAAAAGUCACUGCAGCACCAAACUAGCCUGACGAGACUGCAGCUCGAGUCACUAAAGAAACCGCUCUCCGAGCGAGUUGAUUUCCUUCCGGAAACGCCUCAGCUGCUCGGAAUGAACACUGUCAUUCACGACACAUCGACGAGCAGCGAGGACUUUAUCUUCUAUUUUGAUCGCGUGUCCACCCUCUUGAUUGAACUGUUCUCGGAGGCGGUCGUCGAGACCCCCCCAGGCUACAAGUACCAUGGGCUUCGGCCGUAUGGAAAGACUAGCGCUGUUGUUCUGGAGCGCGGCGGUGCUGCACUCAAGACUGGUCUCCAGCGGGUCAUUCCCGACUGUCGGAUGGGCCAUAUCCUGAUCGAAUCUAAUGUGCGGACGGGCGAGCCGGAGCUGCGGUACCAGAAGCUUGCGCGGGACAUCGACGAGCACUCCACUGUGCUGUUACUCGACGCGCAGAUGUCAUCGGGCGGAUCGGCAUUGAUGGCAGUGCAAGUUUUGCUGGACCAUGGUGUCACCCAGGACCGCAUUGUGCUGGCGACGUACUCUGCUGGACGCAUGGGGCUACACCGAUUGACGAGCUGCUUCCCUAAGAUUGCCGUUGUGGUGUGCCACCUGGUGGAGGACAUUGAGGAGCGCUGGAUCGAGAGACAGUACUUUCGCUGUUGA